AUGUUGUUUUUUACAGAAGAAGAAGAAGAAGAAGAAUUCAUCUCCGUCCUCAGGGACAGAUCUCACAUCGAUGAGACGCUGCGGCUUGCAACUGAGGAGAAAGCAGGGGACUAUGCAGCUGCUCUACAGAAGCUGCGGAAGAUCUACCACUCAUCCAUCAAGCCGAUGGAGCAGGCCUACAAGUACAACGAGCUGAGGCAGCACGAGAUCUCAGCCUACCCCGGACGAACCCUGGGGGAAUCAGCCACAGAUGGAGAGAUUACCUCCAAGCCCAUGGUGCUGUUCCUGGGACCCUGGAGCGUAGGGAAGUCCUCCAUGAUCAAUUACCUCCUGGGCAUGCACGACAGCCCCUAUCAGCUCUACACAGGAGCUGAGCCUACUACCUCUGAGUUCACUGUAAUUAUGCAUGGGGAGAAGAUCCGCUCUGUUGAGGGUAUUGUUAUGGCAGCAGACAGCUCUCGGUCCUUCUCUCCCUUGGAGAAGUUUGGCCAAAACUUUCUGGAAAAGCUGAUUGGUAUUGAGAUGCCCCACAAGCUGCUGGAACGUGUGACUUUUGUUGACACACCAGGAAUCAUUGAGAACCGAAAGCAGCAGGAGAGAGGCUACCCCUUUAAUGAUGUAUGCCAGUGGUUCAUUGACCGUGCCGACCUGAUUUUCGUGGUGUUUGACCCCACCAAGCUGGACGUUGGCCUGGAGCUGGAGAUGCUCUUCCGGCAGUUGAAGGGUCGUGAAUCCCAGAUCCGCAUCAUCCUAAACAAGGCUGACAAUCUGGCCACCCAAGACCUAAUGAGAGUCUACGGAGCUCUGUUUUGGAGCUUAGCUCCCCUCAUCAAUGUGACUGAACCCCCUCGUGUCUAUGUCAGCUCCUUCUGGCCUUAUGACUAUGCACCUGAUACCAGCCGUGAGCUCUUCAAGCGAGAAGAGAUCUCCCUCUUGGAAGAUCUGAACCAGGUGAUUGAAAAUCGCAUGGAGAACAAAAUUGCCUUCAUCCGUCAACAUGGCAUCCGCGUACGCAUCCAUGGCCUGCUGGUAGACCGCUACGUUCAGACCUUCAAAGAGAAGAUGAGCUUCUUCAGUGACCCCGAACUAGUCUUCAAGGAGAUUGUGGACGAACCAGACAAGUUCUACAUUUUCAAAUCCAUCCUAGCCAAGACCAACGUCAGCAAGUUUGACCUGCCCAACCGCGAUGCCUACCGUGACUUCUUUGGCGUCAACCCCAUCACCAACUUCAAGCCUCUGGCGGCUCAGUGCUCCUACAUGGGAGGUUGUCUGCUGGAAAAGAUUGAGAGGGCGAUCACCAAUGAGCUGCCCGGCCUACUGAGCAGCAUUAACUCUGGCAAGCAGCCAGGCCUGUCCUCCUGCGAGGCCACUGGCUGCGGUGAGAAGCCAAAGAAUCGCUACCGGAAGAACUGA